AUGGCUUUUUUUCAUUUGAAUACAUAUGAUAUCUCCCACUCAAGUCAACAAGUUAAAGUGCCUGAUAAUGGUAUAGCAAAACUAAUGUAUUAUUUAGAUUGCAUGUGUACAUUGAUCGAAUAUGAUGAAUCCAAUCUCAAUCGUCUUCGUGAUUAUAAAAAUUACGAUGAUCUAACUGAUAUAGAAAUCCGUCUCUUAUAUGUCUCCUGUGUUACUCUUGAUCCUGAUGAUUUCAUUGAUAAAAUCAUGUUUGAAGAUCGAAGUGGUAACUUGUGUGGUUCAUCACUUAAUCGAAUGUACGAUUUAGGUGAAAUACAACGAAGUCUUAUGGUAGUAAAUUCCAUUGCUGUUGCUGGUCGAACUCGACGAGUAAAGAAAAUUAUGGCUUAUCGACCACAAUGGUUGUCUAGAUUCUAUACACAACCGAUCGCUCAAUUAACAGCUAUUUUUCAACGUGAACGACAACAACAAGCGGUGCGUGAAUUACUCAAUACAUGUACUAUCUCUUGA